AAUUUAUAUUCAAAAUUUUUUGAAGCUGGAUAUAUUUUACCUUCUAUUGAAUUAGAAGAUUCAGGAGGUCAAAUAAUUGAAUAUGAUAGUGAUGAUUCCAAUAAUCCCGAAGUUGAUCAGAUAUUAACUAAAAAAAAGAAAAUUAUGAACGCGAUUAAAUUAAAUUCAAAUGUAUUAUUAUCAUCAAUAUUUCCAAAACUUUCAAGAAAACAACAUCCGACAUAUCAAAAUAUUGUAAAGGAAUUAAAUGGAAACAAUUAUACAAAAGCUGAACAUUGGUGUAACGAAUUUCUAAAAACUUUUCCUAAAAGUUAUUCCAUGAGAUGUAUUUUAGCAUAUAUUUAUAGAUGUCUUAAUAAGUACGAUAAAGCACAUUCAUAUUUAGAUGAAGCUAUUAAAUUAAAAGAAAAAACUCCAAUGGCUUAUUUCCUUCGUGGAGAAUUAUUUUUUAGACAAAAAGAAUAUGAAAAAGCAAUAGAUCAUUUAAAUAGAUCAUUAAGUUAUAAGGCAAAAAUAAAAAAUCUAUAUGUAAUAUCUGGGAAUAGUUAUCUUUUUACAAAAAAAUAUGAAUCAGCCUCAAUUCAUUAUAAUAUUGCAUUAAAAAAUGAUCCGAAUUAUUAUAGUUGUCUAAAGAAUUGCGCAUAUAGUUAUGAAAAGCAAGAAAAUUAUUAUAGCGCUCUAGAAACAUUAGAUAGAUUACUAAGUAUUAAUAAGGAUGAUUCUUUGAUUUUAUGCUAUUAUGGAGAAAUUUUAUGUAAUAUGGGAAUGUAUUAUGAUUCUAUACGAUAUUUUAUAAAAGCGAUUAAUAUAGAUCCAGAAAAUCGUCAUAUCCUAUAUAAAAGAGCUAUUGCAUUUUAUGUUCUUCAAGAUUAUGGUUUAGUUUUAUAUGAUCUUGAUAAAAUUAUAGAAUUGGAUCCAUUAAA